AUGUCGUUCAUCAGAGCUGGAAGCCUCGCCUACUCUCGAGUAGGCAGAGUCAUAGUCACCAAAAACACCCGUUUCCUCUCGACAACCGCUCUCCGCGCUUCACAAUCCGAGCAAUCGCCUAUCAAGGUCAACCCUUCUGAGGCGCCGACUACCCCUCAUGGAGAGAGCUCCCUGAUCCAGAAGGAGACCCCUUCUGAGGCAAUGGCUCGUCACCAGCCUGAUUACGAUGCUACCAUCGAUCAUGGCACCUCCAAAUUCUCUCCCGUCCCCAAGCGUGUCAUGGACGGAAGCGAGCCCGGCGAGACCGUUCCUGCUGCUGUCCUCUCCGGCGCUCCUACCGAUCUUCAGGCUCGCACCGUCAGAAUUUACCGCCCUUCGAAGCCUGCUACGCAAUCCGGAGACUGGCACUCUCACCACUGGAGGAUGGACUGGGAUAUUCUACAGAAGGGUCACCGGUGGGAGAACCCUCUGAUGGGUUGGCAAUCUUCAGCCGAUUGCAUGCAAGGUACCCACUUGAACUUCAAGUCGAAGGAGGAUGCCAUUCUCUUCGCUCAGAAGCAGGGCUAUGAAUACUUUGUUCAGGAGCCAAAUGAGCGCAAGUUCGUCCCUAAGGCUUAUGCAAACAACUUCAUGCACGAGCCAAAGAAGCUUAAGCACAUCAGGACCAAAUAG